AUGUUCCUCUCACAAACCCUAGCCACCUCCUCUCUCUCUCUUUUACAUAAGGCUCCGGCCGCCCGGGAGAAAGAGGCGGUGAAUAAGAAAAAGGGAAUCUUUCCAAUCGAAUAUUCUCGUGGGAAAAUUUGCUCCCACACCCCUGUUCUCAAGAUCAUCGCGGCCUCGCUUCUUGCCUUGAACAUGUCAUAA